UAGUCCUUACACGUCUUAUGACGUCUUUAGUACAAGGCACAUGUUUAGAAUCUCCGUCUGGCGUUUGCACCGGGGACUGAUGUUCAUUUGUCAUAUUAAAGUUUUAAAUAUUUUUGUUUUCUAGAUAAGCAGGUCGUAAACUCGGAGAUAGUGUAUCACUUACAUAAUUUAGGUGUUUAUUUAGUGGUGUGCUGUUGUGAUAGCCGCUUGUGUUAAUAGAUUAGUAAUAAAUUUGUGGAUAUUAGUUAAGAAUGGCGUCAAUCAAGCCAGUGACGAAAAAGAUAAUCAACUCCCCGGAGACGUGUGUUGACGAUAAUCUCCGAGGGGUCGUUGCGACAUACCCCCAAUUGCAGCUGCAUCCGAAGCACAGGGUUAUCACCGUACGGAGACUGGAGGACAGUGGAAGAGUUGCAGUGCUCGGUGGAGGUGGAUCUGGUCAUGAGCCUUUUGCGUCAGGUUUCGUGGGUUCUGGAAUGCUGGACGGUGCUGUGGCGGGUGGGGUGUUUGCAUCGCCUCCAACAGGCCACGUCCUUUAUGCUAUAGCACAGUUAUUUAAAUACAAUUCAGGUGGAGUCCUUGUCAUUAUUGGUAACUACACCGGCGACAGACUUAAUUUCGGCAAAGCUAUAGAAAAGGCAAAGAUAGCUGGGAUGAAGGUGGAAGGCCUGAUCGUGGGAGAAGACGUAGCUUCAAGCAAGAAUAAAACUGGAGGACGCAGUAUGGUUGGAGAAGUACUGUUUUAUAAGCUAUGUGGUGCAAUGUCUGCCAAAGGCUACGACUUGCCCGCUAUCCGCUCGAUGGCAGCCGAAGCGGAGAAGCACAUGGCUACUUUAGGAGUUUGUUUAAGCGCUUGCUCAUUGCCAGGACAGCCACCACUGUUCGAGAUAGCUGCUGACGAGAUAGAGUUGGGCGCUGGGGUCCAUGGGGAAGCUGGCAUUGCGAAGGUCAAGAUAGGAACUGCUAAGGAAGUCGUCAAGAUGAUACUUGAUCAAGUAGUAGGCCAUUUGAAGCUGGUCUCCGGCGACAGGGUGGUUGUCACCAUUGACAAUUUAGGAGGAACCUCUUUCCUUGAGAUGAACAUCAUCAGCGCCGAAACAAAAGACUAUUUAGAAGCCAAACAAAUCAUUGUAGAACGACUAUACUCUGGACACCUUAAAACGUCUCUGGAGAUGCACGGCUUCCAAAUCUGCCUGUUACAUCUGAACAAGGCCAACGGGGACUUGUGGCUAGAGCUCCUGGAUGCUCCCACAGCUGCAGCGGGCUGGACUGGUGGGGAGGCGUCCGUCAGGUCAGAGGGAGAGCAUGUCGAUGAUGACAGCUUGCUGCAAAGUCAUGUUCAAAAGUCAGCGUUAGGACCGUCUUUAUCAACCAAAGAGCAACAUCUCCUUCGGGGCAGCUUGAUAGCAAUUGCCGAGGCGUUCAUAAAGAACGAAGCCCUGCUCAACAGACUCGACUCGGGCUGCGGAGAUGGCGACUGCGGCAUCACUCUUAAAAGGUUUGGACAAGCAAUUCUCUCUUACUUAAAAGACUGUUCGCUGGAGUACCUAUCAAAUGUUCUCUGGGACCUCUCGGAGAUUGCCGAGACUGACAUGGGGGGGACUUCUGGAGGGAUUUACAGCUUGGGUCUCUCCGCUGCGUCACAGGCGAUAGCAAGUGCUAAACUCAAUAAUGUUGAGGCAUGGCUAAGCGCAUGGAAGCAUGGUAUGCAAGCUAUCACUAAAUAUGGAGGCGCCGAGCCUGGGGAUAGGACCAUGUUAGACACUUUACAUGCCGCGGCUGUAGCGUUCGAACAUAAUUUGAAAGAAGACUUAAAACUUCUUCUUAAGAAGACGGCGGAGGCAGCGGAAGAAGGCGCUAAAGCCACGGUUGACAUGAUUGCAAGGGCUGGCCGUGCCUCGUACGUGAGCAGCGAGCACAUGGUGGAAGAGGACGCUGGAGCGAGAGCCGCCGCGCUGGCACUCCGGGCUGUGUGCCACUUUCUGAUCGAUAAUAUAGCCGUUUAAUAUAUAAA